AUGAAACCCUUCUGUGAAGCGGCUAUCCAACCUGAGAUGGAGUAUCGGGAACGAGGCGUUGCAGGUCAGGUGACCGGAUUUCAAACUCUGGACGGAUCAGCCACCACCAAUCAAUCACCGUUGGUAAUUCGAGGAACUGACGGUUUUGGCAACAUGCUUAUUAACCCCCCUAAAAGAGACCUGAUGACCUUCGAGCGAGAUCCUGAACGCUACUGGCUCUUUAUGGCGAAUGUUUUCAAAUCUACAGGUGAUUCAACAAUCAGGCUCUCCUACCUGAUCCAAUAUUGUUCCGGCGAGACCAAAAGAGCCAUCGAAAGCUGCCUAAUACUGGAUCCUGAGGAAGGAUUUAACGAAGCUCUAUACAUCUUGUGA